UGGAGUCUCUCCCUCUCUUUGCAUUCGUUUCUGACCUACAUAACAAUACCAAUACUUCGGCAAUCAGUCCUCCCCGCAACACAAGCCCCCCUUUUACCCUCAGCAGGGGAUCAUUCCGGCGGACCUUUCCUUUUUAUUCAAGCCUUCUCCGGAGUUAAGCUUGUAUACCAACCAAUCAGCGGUACCUUUUUCAAGACAUACCAUGAGUCCAUGACUGUAUACUAAGUACACCUUAAAGUUGUACAGUGACCCUUCUAGGUUAGGUGAGUAGCGUGGGAAUCUAGUGGGUGUGACGACAAGGGGGUGAAUCUCCAUAAAGACUAGGACCAUCUCGACAUGUCCUCUCUAUCACGGGGUUGGGAAUGUGUGUUUCCAGGGUGUGGUAAGAAAUUCACUAGAAAAGAACACUUGAAUCGACACAACCUUGUUCACAACCCCGAGCAUCAGUAUAAAUGUCAUGUAUGUGGCCGUCGUUACGCUAGGAGUGAUGUGUAUAAGAGACAUUUAAAACAACAUGAUCACAGCCCUGAACUCUCAAAUUCACGAGGAGAAAGGGGAGCGCGACAAAUCUGUCUGCCAUGUCGUGAAAGAAACACCCAAUGUGACGGACACUCGCCUUGCGAGGCUUGCAUGUCUAGCUGGACAGAAUGCCGCUUCAGUGGCGCAGACAAUGGCCAAAGAGUAGACACCAGUCAAUCCUCUGCCAUAUUAUCUGCAGGCCAGACGCAAACCCCAUGGUUUCCUCCAACGCCAGAGGGCUGGGUUUCGCAGCCGUUCUCAACCACGCCGGUUGAUUUUAGCUCUGCUCACCAAACUCAGGCCGCUGCGACAGCAAAUAGCCAUGUCUCUCCUGAGUCGAGCACCAGUACAAAUGGCGCCGAAUCUACAUCCCAUGAUGUAUCGAACGGCUCAAAUAGAUCCUCCCAACCACCAUCGUCACCUUGGUGGCAACAGCGAACUGCUCCUAGGCCACUUGAAUCUCUUCAUGUGUCAGACCUAGAAAACAAGUUCUUUAGGAAUUCGCUUCUCACAAAGAGGCUCGUUGAUGUGUUCUUCUCAGAGGUUCAUCCGCAUUGGCUCAUACUACAUGAGCCCACGUUCGAGGUAGAACAGGCACCUACGGUGUUGCUAGCAUCCAUGGUUAUGUUGGCCAGCUGGCUUCAGAACGGUUCCGAACACGAGAAGAUCUCCCCGGUGGUUUUUGACGAAGUAAUACGGAUUCGAAUGGACCUUAACCCUCCACUGUAUAUAUUACAAGCUGCUUUAUUCUACGUCGUAUAUACAUUCGGCUCCUUGAGCGCGGAUGGAAUGGUCGCCAGGGCGCUCAACCUCACAGGGCUGCUAGUAUCAACAUGUCGGCACCUUGGCAUAUUUAACGGUCAAUAUACAUGUCAUGAGAUGGCUAACAUGGAAAACUGUGCCUGCCCAUUUCUUGGUUGGCGUGUGCAAGAACAAUUAAACAGAUUUGCCUUCUCCGUUCUUCGAAUAGACACCUACCUCAGCAUCCUCCUAGACCACCCCCCUUCAGUGCGCUACCAAGAACUCUGCAUCCCCCUCCCCAAGACCGCCGAGCUCUGGGCCGCCGCCAACGAAGAAGAGCGGCGCGCGCUCCAGUGGAACGAGCCCGCAGGCCGCGAAAAGGCACUUUUCUCCUUCUUCAUGCGCGACGUCCUCGACGCCAACCGCGUGGGUAAUCUACCCUACCGCCUGACGGAGAUCGACUACCACCUGAGCACCUGCGCGACGGAGAGCCACCUCUGGGAGGCGGCGCGCGAGGCCCACAGCUCGAUGUCGGACGAGCUCGUCAACGAGGCCUCGCCGGUCGACUUCGCGCGGCUGUCGGAGCCGCACAUGACGCUGUGGCGCCACCUGCGGCGCUCCGACUGCGAGGUGCGCGCGGGGUACUUCGCUGGACGCCUGGACACCCGCAGGCAGCAUCGGAUUGCGCCGCUCACGUUCACGCUGAUGUACAUCUCGACGCUGAAGUUGCACGCGCCGCUCAACACGCUGCGGCCCCGCGGGCACUACCACAAGUCACGCCCAGGAGCCGCGAUCCCGACCCGCCGACCCGCCGCCCACUUGCGCGGCUGGGUUGCUUCUGGAUGUCCGCGUUCCGCGCUGUGGGGCGCCGCUCGCAUAUGCAGGAUUUUUGCCAUCGAGACUGCGCAAACGCAAACGCAAACGCAAACGCAGACGCCACACGCGAGCAGCCGUAGAAGCAGCCGCAUCCUCAACCCCCUCCUCAUCCCCGGCGUUCUCAUGUCCGCCGUGCUAACGUGCUCCUACGCGAAAUCCACGCGCUCCUGCGCUUCUUGCCGCCUCGACACUACCACCACCACCACCACCACCACCAAUGCCCUUCCUUCUUCUUGCUCUUCCUCUUCCUCCCCUCCAGCCCUAAACUUAUUCGACCUCGACGACCACGACCCCGCGCUAGAACGGUGGCGGCGCGGCGGCGAAGGGGUACCGUACUGGGGUAGCUCCAGCAACGCCCACAAUAACCCCCAUGAUAAUAACAACAAUAAUCAUCAUCACAACAGCAACGAAAACUGCAACAACGACAACAACAACAACAACAACAACAACGAUAAUAACAGCAAGAGCUUCCCCGUAUGCCAAUGCCGGCUCUCCGACAUCGCGGCCUGGUUCCGGGACGCGUUCGCCGGCGACGAGAGCGCGGAGAUGGAGUUUGUCUUGUUCUUGGCCGAGUUGAGUCGCGAGACGUAGGUAAUGAGAGAUCGAGAGAUCGAGUUGCGUUAGUACACUACUGCGUCUUCCCCCCCCCCUUUUUCGUGAUUUUUGGGAGAGGGGGGAAGGCGUAGGCAUGUACUUCGCACAACUACAAGCGAUACGAAACGUGUAUAUAGCACCUUGCUCAAAAACACGCUGCUAUUGUCAUCAUCCAUGGCCAAACAACCCCAAAUCUCCCCCUUUGUCAACCCCGCUCCACCUGAUUGCUAUCGUGAACACACUGGAAAAGGGUGAGAGAUAGGGCGUACUUUUUACCUAUAUACCAGGUACCGAGGUAUUCACUGUAUAAAUAACUACACAGUAAUCAUUUGAUGUUCCAUCUCACCGCCAUCUCUAUCAGCGGUAAAACACAAACAAGUACCACGCACCUCUCGAAAAGGCCUACGUAGAAAAACAGCAACCCAUCACAACACAUUUCACCCGUACAAUAAAUCAAAGCAUCUAACAAAAACACUAUGCAGUUGACGCUUGGAUUUUAUGUCUGGAGUUGUUUUUAUAUUAGCCAUCCGCCC